CAUUGCAUUGUGCGAAGUGUUUUGAUAAGGUAUUUAAAAUCUCGGCCUCCUUGUGAUGGUGUAGCUUCGAUUUCUCUCAAAGAUGGAAUAAGUCUCCAAGAGAGAGAUUAUUAGUAGAUCGGCGAGUAUUGUUAAAAAAUUAUUAUUGAAAAUCGGAUUAGUCCAGCUGAUUCAGUGAAAUCUACACGGUUACUUGGGAUAUUGAAUAAGUUUUUACGUGUGUUACGAUUAUCAUGAAUUAAAGCAAAUUUAUGAUGACAUUGUUAUAAGUCAACCCGGACAUGUCAAAUUAUACCAUGUAUUGCUGAAAACUGAAGUUUGCCUGGAUACGACCACUAGCAAUCAACGAUGGCGCUAUUGAUGCUCAAGACUCACGACCUGACAUGGCAAGACCACACAAUCAAUGUCGAGAUGAUGCUUGCACCUCUUCAUGCCCAGUUGCUUGCUAGUAAACAUAAAGCUUUGUCAACAAGGUGCAGCACAGUCAAACAGAUUUUCGACAAAGAAAGGGACACCAUGGUUAAAAACAUAAACAUUGAGAAAAGAAUGAUGGAAAGAAAGAAAAACGCGAUCCUUCAAAGAAAAUCGGAGAUAGCUUUCAAACGUUUGUCGUCUGCUAAGAGCGAUCCCACAGAUACCCGGUGCCAUACUAUUCCAGACGUUCAUACUAAACGCGGGAAAUCAGCGCCACCUAUAUUGAGUGACGCGAUGCAAAAGCAAUCAGAAUUCUUUUUAACUGAAGUUCAAAACAUGGAAAUGAAGGGCAAUAAUGCUAGCAGUGAACCAACAGGUGCAAGGAAAGGUUCUGUUUCCGAACCAUUCCAUGCAUUGUCUUCAUCAAGAAAUAGCGUUAAGUCAUCCGUAACAUUGCCAUAUUUUACAGGGGUUCAUUCAACUAGUAGAAUUGAAUCUCCAAGGUAUCUGACCACAGGAACAACUCAAAUACAUGGAAAAUCCGUCAGAUUUGAAGAUACAGACGAAGAGGAACGAAACAGCGAAAUUUUGUUCGAAAAGAUCAAUUAUGCAAGACUUCAACAGAAAGUGAAAACAUUUGUUCACGAACAAGACAACUUCAACAAACGUCCGGCGGGAUAUACGUUAAAUUUUCGAACCAGGCAGCGAUUUAUGUACAAUCCUUUAAGCAAGAACAAUGGGAAAAAGCAACAAACACUCGUUGCAAAAAAGAGCUCAAAACUUUCUCUUGACAAAAGUGAGCUGGAAAAGGCUUUUGAUAAAUUUUGUCAAAAUAAAACAACAGAUAAUUUACAUAACAUGAUGAAGAUGGCAACCAAGCAGAAAGCAAGUAUCCGAAUUGCCCGUGAUCAGUCUAUCGUUCCUGCCAUUGCAGUCAAGAGGAGCGCAAAUAAAUUCCUCUCAAAUCUCAGGAAAAACAAGGACCCUGAACCUACCGAACAGAAUGAAGAGGGGGCAGUUGGUUGAAGGCAACGUCAUUUAUUCGUCAUGUAUAUUUGUUUCACAAUGACAUUUUUGAUAUGUAAUACGUAUACCUGUAUAUAUGGGCCAUAUACAUGUAGUGGAUGUCUGCUCGAGUCAGAGAUUCGGAAUACAUCAUUCAUUCAUGUGCA